AUGAUUGCAGGCUGCCGAGAGGCAGUGAACUGUACUGAGGACGAAACUGGAACUAUUUCUGCUGAAGUUGUCGCUGUUAGCAUCCCAGAGAAUGCGCACUGUGACACAAAUGACGUUAAAUGCGACGCUGGUUUUCAAUGGUCCGCCGAUCGUUCCAAGUGCAUCAAGAAACCAAAUGAAUGCCCGGAGGGCUUUAAGUCUGAGGGCAAACAGUGUACCCUUGCCUCUCCUGAGAAGGUCGCUUGGCCACAGGCAGUAGAUUUUUGCAACAGAAAAAAUUCAGAUCUCAUAAAUAUUGAUGGACCAGAGGAUGAGGCGAAAGUCAAAAACUUCCUCACAGAGCUGGGCCUUGAGUGUGUCAUUAUCAGUGGGUCAGUAAAACUAGAAAGUAGCGAUGAAACAAGUGGUAGCAGGAACAAUGCAGAUGUGAACAGUAAAAGUAAAGACAUUAAAAGUAAUGGCAAGAAAGUCGCAGGGUGUCUAAGCAAAACAGAGGAUCAGGAAAGUGUUUGGAGGAACCAUAAAUGCAGCGGAUACGUCAAAGACAAAGUGCAGGUUGAUACACGACUGGUAGAUGGUGAUGUCAAAGACAACAAAACUCAUCAUCUGGCAGCAUUUCUGAUCAAUGGAACAUUAAAGAUUUCACCAAUCCUGCACAAAACUGAGUGCAGCGUUUUCUGUGUACAAAGAAAUACAACCGAUGCUGAGGAUCUGGCGCCCUGUAGGGGCACCGAAUUCUUCGGCAAGGACGGCCGCCCUCAUGUUUACCUCGGCGAGACUACGAGCUCAGAGUGUACUAAGUGUGGCAGAGUACUGGGAGUGAAGUGUGUACCUGCUGAUAGCAGCGCUGCAUCUGCUGAACUGGAACCCUGGAGCUGUUCAAAAGAUAGCUUUGGAGCUAAACGAGAAUGUCUCAGUGGCAACUGUGCCGAGGUGAAUGUCACAGUCAGAUGUGAACGAGAUGCGGAUGAAUGUAAAACUGGUCGCCAUAACUGUCCCACGGAUUCACUGUGCGUCAAUACACAUGGCAGUUACCUGUGUGUAUGCAGCAAAAUCAGGCCACUUUAUAUUAAUGGACAGUGCACAGAGGCUCUUACCUGUAGUAUGCAUGGAACCCAAGAAAAAGAUGGGUACAGCUACGAUCUUACCAACUUCGGGGCUACAACAGGUUUCUUUCCCUACGACUGCACUUUCAAACUGGUGGCUCCAUGUCCUGGUUCGGUUGCCUACCUGACUUCUGCUUACAUUCCGUUGCUCUAUCUCUACGUCUUGAAAAGCUCCGCCGACGGUGAAAACAUUGUGACUCUCAGUGGAUACGUUGUUCAACCCGGGAAUACAAAAAUCAGCUUCCGUAUUUCACAAAAAGGUCUCAGUAACGGCAUAAUUUGGGCUGGUAAAAAUGGAGCUGCCCUGGCAGAAACCACUGUAGGUUCUCAGAUCCCAGACGCAGAAAUACUGACCAGAUCAGUUCAGGCGAACACUGUAUCCAUACACAACAAGCACAACUACUUCAGCGUAGAAGUCACCUUCGUUGGCAAUAAGUUUAUUGUGAAGGUCAUUGUGUCUGCUCAAUAUAAGAAUACGUACUGCGGGGCCUGUAGCAAAAGUCCCAAUGGAACACCUUCGCUCUAUGAUUUAACUGAUGUCGAAAAAGACGAAAUAUCAGUACAAGAUAAUGCAAG